AUGCUAGGCCGCACCUGCUUGCGCCACUUGCAAGCCUCGCGUCCCUACGUUUGCCAGCCAUGCCUCCGCACCCUGCGAGCUGCGCCGCCCGCGCGACCUCUUGAUGCUUUUUGCGCCGCCCGCCGAUUCCACGCCGUCACUGUCCUCCACGCGCAGGAGAACGCUGACCCUCCCGAGGACAAGCUCGACGAGGCAAAUGCCAGCCGUGGCGACAAGAAGAAUGCCCCGAAGAAGGGCAAGAAUAGCAAGGCGAGGAGGAGGGAGGCGAGAAAACAGGCUGCAGAGGCGAGAAAGCAUGGUGAAAGUCCAUCGAAGGUCCGCAGAAUCCUCAGUUCACCGGGGCGGGAAGAGAACAGUGACAGCCCCGGCGCCGUUGAAAAUUCUUCAGCAGACGAUCAAGGUCCACAGGCCGAGGACGGUUCAGAAACCAGCGAGGCGAACACGGACAUAGAUGCAAAAGAAGCGAAAAGGGCUGAGAAAAGGGCUAGGCAUGCUGCUAGAUUGCUCAAAAGGGCUGCUAAAGCAGAAAUGCAGAAGCAGAAAAAGAAAGCGGGGAAGAAUCUUGACAUUGGCCAAGUGCUUGAACGGGUUGCUGGGAAUGGGGCCGCGGAAGUUUUGGCUGCAGCCGCCAAAACCGAUAGAGCGCAGACGCUCAAGGCAGCGCUUCUGCGCACCAAGAAACACCCAAAGAAAAGGCAGGAGCGGGAGUUUGUCGACAGUGUGUUGGCCAGGGAUGUCCAGCUUACGCCGAUCGAUGUGGAGCAACCGCCAAUCCCCCAACUCGCUUAUGGAUUAGACCGUGUGCUGUUCAACCCCGGCGUAUACCACCUCCAGGAUACGAGAACUCAGGUCUACAACUUCGAUCCCUACCUGCAAAAGAUCAUGCCGGUCGCGGACUUCAACUUUGACCUGCUGAAGAAGUACAUAACAUCGUCCCAAGAUGAAACUCUCUCCAAUCUUGCCCGCAGCCUUGGGAAGCGAUAUGUUGGCUCCACUUCGAGUAUGACUGCUGUGCUAGCUCAUUUCCAUUUCCUGCUUUCACGUUGGCGGGAGUUGAAUCUGACGAUGCUCUCGAAGGGGUUCUCCGAGCAACUUAGCACCUUUACUAGGAUCAACCGGUUGCCUGCGGCCAUUUUCCUCCGAUGGCAGAAUGGUACAUAUGCCAUUGACGCUGACAAACAGUACGACACAGCCAACAUUCUGAGUAUGCUGGGUCGUUCUAUGGAGAAGUUGCUUACCCUGCCAAUGGAGGAGUUCGAGCGCUACCGAAGGGGGAGCCCGGACCAAGUCUCGGACGAGGAACGCGAGGUUCCGGAGUCAUAUCACUACACGACCCAAGGCGACAUGCUCAUGCGUUCACAGCUCGAUGCUCAGGACAACCGGCUCCCUGGCACCGGUAUGUUUGAUCUCAAAACUCGUGCUGUUGUUUCCAUCCGUAUGGAUGUGCAGGAUUGGGAGGAGAAUACGGGUUACCAGAUCAAAACCGGCACUGGCAAUUACGAAUCGUUUGAGCGCGAAUAUUAUGAUAUGAUGAGGUCAACCAUGCUCAAAUACUCACUACAGGUUCGCAUGGGUAGGAUGGAUGGCAUUUUUGUCGCUUAUCACAACAUUGAGCGUAUCUUCGGUUUCCAGUACGUCAGCUUGGACGAUAUGGACAUGGCGCUCCACAACCCCGCGAGCGGGACGCGUCAUUUGGGCGACCAAGAAUUCCGUCUCAGUGUCGACCUCCUCAACAAAGUUCUGAAUAUGGCAACGGAAAGAUUCCCUGAGACUUCUAUCCGCUUCCAUUUCGAGACUCGCGAAGGUGUUGAACCAUUCAUGUACAUCUUUGCUCAGCCAAUGCCGGAAGAGGAGGUCCGAGCAAUCCAAGAGUCCAACAAGGCAAGAACUGAGGCGUGGGAGAGGAAGGUUCUCGGGUUAACAAGCGAUGAGACAUCGGAGGGAGCUGAUCGUGAGGAUCGCGAAGAUGUCACACUUCGUGUUGCGAACCAGCCCACUGUUCCUGAGCACCAGGCGGUUGACGUAGUGGCGUUGCCGGAGUUGUUCGAGAUCCCAGAAGAGGAACCCCAGUGGAGCUCUCUGGCCCCGCAGGUCCAACCCGAGGCUCUUGAGAAUAAGAUACUGGAGGAAACUGUUGACUCGGACAGUGACAUCACAGCAGACCAGCCCAAGGAAGAGCCGUACUCCGGCCCACUCCUCGCAUUGAAACUCUGGACGCGCAACAAGAUCAACGGUGAAUCCGUAGGUCGUGUGAAAGAUGUGCGCGAGGACACAGACUGGACGGUGGAUUACCAGUUCGAAGAGCUUUCGCCUUCAGAUGGGUAUAAGCGCUACCACGAGUCUAAGAGGCGGCGGGCCGUUGGACUGGCCGAUCCUGAGAUUAGGAAAGAAGGUCUCGAAGAGGAAGAGAAGGUGCUCAGUUUCUAUCAGCGGAAGCUGCGUGAGAUGAGCAAGAGCGGUCGAGAAUGGCGCGAGCAGAAGGAUGAGGAAGAAAAGGGAAAAGACAAGGUUGUUCUCGAGCCUCUAGGUGGGCCGAAGGUGGUCCAGCCAACGGAGCCGCAGGCUAAAGAGCCCGUCAGUGUGGAAGGAUACAUGAGCUGGCUGUACAAAAAGCGGGAGUAA